AUGACCCUUCAACAUACGGGGGGGGAUGAUGCCAAUGACCCUUCAACGUUCCUUGUUUCAUUUGAUGAAGCUGAAGCUCGCUAUUUGCCUCUUCCCACAAAGAUUAGUUUAAGAAAGAAGAGAGCCAGAGAGGGAAGAUCAGGUGACGAGAUUGAACAUUUUCCUAUCCCCUCAAAAGUAACUGUGAGGAAAAGAGCUGUCGCUGCUACAAUUGAACAGAGAGAUUUGGGGGCUAUUUCAAAUUCAAGGGGAAACAAUUCAAGGAUGGAGAGGUUCGAGGAUGAGCAUGGCCUUGGAAGACUACAGACGGUUGCUAUAGACGAGGACCUUCACCAUUCUAGUAGAGCUGAAGAUGAGAUGUCUGAGUGAUCCUUUGAUGGAAAUGCUGUGAAACUUCUGUAUUUGCCCUUUUGGGUUGGCAGGUGACUAGGUGGAGUUUGUGUAUUCAGAUGCUCGCAAUGAAAAACUGAGUAAUUUACCC